AUGUCAGGAUCAGUUGUAUUCAAUACUUCUAUGAAUUUUAUGGUGCAAGGCGGGGAUCCAACUGGAACUGGUCGGGGUGGAGCAUCAAUCUACGGUGAGAAAUUCGAAGAUGAGAUUCGUCCAGAAUUAAAGCAUACAGGUGCAGGAAUUUUAAGUAUGGCUAAUUCUGGUCCAAAUACUAAUGGAACUCCAACUCCAUGGUUAGAUGGAAAGCAUACAAUAUUUGGUAGAGUAAGUCAUGGCAUAAAUGUACUUAAGCGAAUGGGACUUGUUGAUUGUGAUUCUGAUGAUAGACCCAAAGACACAUUGAAAAUUAUAUCUGCACAAGCUUUCUAA